GGGCGCGCUGGGGAUCGCUCGGUCCCCGCCAGCGCCCCGGAGCUCUCCGCGGCGGCUGCUGUUCUCCGUCCUCCAGUUUCUGUCUCCAGGCCCGGGGCCAGAUCGGACAUGGCCUCGGCCACGGUGACAGCCGCACGACGUGGGCUCGGCCGCGAUCCCCGUCUCCUGCUCUGGCGCGGCUACCAGACCGAGCGCGGCGUCUACGGCUACCGGCCAAGGAAGCCCGAGAGCCGGGAGCCCCGGGGCAGCCUGGCGCGCCCCCCAGUUGAUCAUGGCCUUGCCAGAUUGGUGACAGCAUAUUGUGAGCACGGUCACAAAGCCGCCAAAAUCAACCCGCUCUUCACGGGACAAGCCCUGCUGGAGAAUGUACCUGAAAUCCAAGCCCUGGUGCAGACCCUGCAGGGACCCUUCAGCACCGCAGGAUUAUUGAACAUGGGGAAGGAAGAGGCCUCGCUUGAGGAAGUGUUGGCCUAUCUAAACGACAUCUACUGUGGGCAGAUCUCUAUUGAAACCUCCCAACUGCAGAGCCAGGAGGAGAAAGAUUGGUUUGCCAAGCGGUUCGAGGAACUGAAAAAGGAGACGUUUACCACGGAGGAACGAAAAUAUCUGUCAAAGCUAAUGCUAGAGUCUCAGGAGUUCGACCACUUUUUGGCCACCAAGUUUGCCACGGUGAAGCGAUACGGAGGCGAAGGGGCUGAAAGCAUGAUGGGCUUUUUCCACGAGCUGCUGAAGAUGUCAGCCUAUGCCGGGGUCACCGACGUCGUCAUCGGGAUGCCCCAUAGAGGGAGGCUGAAUUUGUUGACAGGCCUUCUGCAGUUCCCUACGGAGCUGAUGUUCCGCAAAAUGCAAGGCUUAAGUGAAUUUCCCGAGAAUUUCUCGGCCACUGGAGACGUCCUGUCUCACCUGACCUCCUCCGUGGACUUGGACUUCGGCGCGCACCAUCCGCUGCAUGUGACGAUGCUGCCGAAUCCCUCGCACCUGGAGGCCGUGAACCCCGUGGCCGUGGGGAAGACCCGAGGCAGGCAGCAGUCUCGGCAGGACGGGGACUACUCUCCCGACAGCUUGGCGCGGCCUGGGGACAAAGUCAUUUGCUUACAGGUUCAUGGCGAUGCGUCUUUCUGCGGUCAAGGGAUUGUUCCGGAAACAUUCACGCUGUCUAAUCUCCCACAUUUCAGAAUUGGUGGGAGUGUCCACUUGAUCGUCAAUAAUCAGCUGGGUUAUACCACCCCGGCAGAAAGAGGAAGGUCUUCUUUGUACUGCAGUGAUAUUGGCAAGCUCGUGGGCUGUGCCAUCAUCCAUGUCAACGGAGACAGCCCAGAGGAAGUGGUCCGUGCAACACGACUGGCUUUCGAAUACCAGCGCCGAUUCCGCAAGGAUGUGAUUGUUGAUUUGUUCUGCUACAGGCAGUGGGGCCACAAUGAGCUGGACGAGCCUUUCUUCACCAACCCACUCAUGUACAAAAUCAUCAGAGCCCGAAAGAGCAUCCCAGACACAUACGCAGAGCACCUUAUUGCCAGUGGACUCAUGGCCCAGGAGGAGGUGUCUGAAAUAAAAUCCUCCUACUACGCCAAGUUAAAUGACCACUUAACCAACGUGGCCCACUACAGCCCCCCUGCCACCAACCUGCAGGCCCACUGGCGGGGCCUGGUUCAGCCAGAACCGCGAGUCACCACCUGGAACACAGGUGUGCCCCUUGACCUCCUGCGGUUUAUUGGUGUAAAGUCUGUGGCGGUGCCAGAGGAGCUCCAGGUGCACAGUCACCUCCUAAAGAUGUAUGUUAAGUCUAGGAUGGAGAAAAUGACGGAGGGGACAAAGUUGGACUGGGCCACAGCCGAAGCUCUUGCCUUGGGCUCCUUACUUGCUCAAGGUUUUAAUGUCCGUCUGAGUGGCCAAGACGUUGGCCGUGGAACUUUUAGCCAAAGGCAUGCAAUGCUGGUUUGCCAGGAGACGGAUGACACCUACCUCCCUCUGAACCACAUGGACCCUGAUCAGAAGGGGUUUCUAGAGGUCAGCAACAGCCCCCUGUCAGAAGAGGCCGUGCUGGGAUUUGAAUACGGAAUGAGCAUUGAAAGCCCAAAGCUGCUGCCCCUCUGGGAGGCUCAGUUUGGUGAUUUCUUCAAUGGCGCCCAGAUCGUCUUUGACACGUUCAUCUCCGGAGGGGAGGCCAAGUGGCUCCUACAGAGUGGCAUCGUCAUUCUUCUCCCACAUGGCUACGACGGGGCGGGACCGGACCACUCAUCUUGUCGCAUAGAGCGUUUCUUGCAGAUGUGUGACAGCAGAGAGGAGGGGGUGGACGGAGACACUGUGAACAUGUUCGUGGUUCACCCCACGACUCCCGCGCAGUAUUUCCACCUGCUCAGAAGACAGAUGGUCCGGAACUUCAGGAAGCCCCUCAUUGUCGCUUCUCCAAAGAUGUUACUCAGGCUCCCCGCAGCUGUGUCAGCGCUCCAGGAAAUGGCACCGGGAACGACAUUCAAGCCGGUUAUCGGCGAUUCAUCUGUGGAUCCAAAAAAUGUUAAGACCCUCGUGUUCUGCUCUGGCAAACAUUUCUACGCCCUGGCAAAGCAGAGGGAAUCUCUGGGGGCCAAGAAGCACGACUUUGCCAUCAUCCGAAUAGAGGAACUCUGCCCUUUCCCACUGGAUUCUUUACAGCAAGAGAUGAGCAAGUACAAACACGUUAAAGAUAUUAUUUGGAGUCAGGAGGAACCUCAGAACAUGGGUCCAUGGUCUUUUGUUUCUCCAAGGUUUGAAAAGCAACUGGCCUGCAAGCUCCGCCUCGUGAGCCGUCCCCCUUUGCCGGUACCUGCAGUGGGAAUUGGCACAGUUCACCUGCAGCAGCAUGAAGAUGUCCUCACCAAGACCUUUGCUUGAUGACAACUUUUGGAGAAAUAACUACUUCCUUUUAAGAAAACUAUUAUAAAAGGAAAGGCCCGCUUCGUCUAUUCUCUUCCUUUCCACUGGGUGACAUGAAAAGACUGGCUGCUUCUAAGAUAUACAGUGAAUGCGAACAAUUUAAUCUGGAUUAGUUGAAAUAAUCAGGGGAAUAGAUUAUAAAUACAUGAAUGCAACCAGUAAAUUUAUCCUUGAAAUUUUGGUAGUGUUAUGGUUUGAUGAAAUCUGAGCGAGUUGGAGAACUACGUCAUUAUCUAGAUGAUUUCAGACUCUAACUAACCAUACAUGACCACAAAAAGUUCUUUAGCCUGAAUUUACAGCUACAUGUAGAUGACCUCAACACUGCCUCUUGAUUGGUUUGAUGCAUGUCACUUUCAUUAAUUUUUCCCUUCUUUCAAAGUCCUGUGAUUAAUAAUAUUUUAUUCCAUGUCAUCUCUGGUGCUGCUUUCCGGCCACUGUACAAAAUGUUUCACCAAACACUAGCAAAACUAGAUUAUGAUUAUUCCUGAUUUAUGUUCUUCAAAGUAGUAGUUUUACCCUAAAAUCUAGGUGCUAUUAAAUACAAAUCUCUGGGUGUAUGAUCUUCUAGCACUGUAUUUAGCUGUAACGAAAUUGAUUUGUGAUCUAUUUUGCUGUAGUAUCUCUCUCUCUUUUUUCCAAAUUGUUCUUGCAGUGUGAUACCUUAACUGUGUUUAACCCAUUUGGGUGUCUGAUAUGGGGAUUUCAGCCUCUGGUUAAUCAAUCUUGCCUCUACAAGGUUGCCCUUGUCCCUGCUACAGUAUGAUGUUUGUUUAUGGUAUUUAAAGAGCACUUUAACAGAAGGUCCUUCCCAAUGCCAGGUGCUUGGGGAUUUCUUAGAGGUCACCAACCACCUUCCUCAGUCUGAAAUUAAACCUAGUACUGGAAGCAUCACUAAACAGCUAACUACGCAGCCCCACUGUACUCAGUGCUGUAGAAUGGAGCCUCUACCAUCUACUGUUCUCAUGCCAUUUAACCACUAUUCCCAGAAGUGCCGGGGGAAUGAACUGGAACAAGCCCAUGCCCUCUUCAGUUUUACCAGCAACUGAUCAAGUCUUUCAGAAUCCCUGUUCAUAUGGGUUGUUCUGGUCACAGCAGAUUUAUGACUCACAUCUUAAAUGUGUGCUUUAGUGUAUUGAUUUAACAUUUCCGUGGCACUCACAUCCCUUUUCUUCCCAUAUACCUCAACGCGUUCUUCCUGUGUCUAACUGUAUAAAUCAUGUAAUUUAGCACCACUCAUGUAAGUCAGGAUAAUUACAAAGGGCUAUUUAAUGAGAAAAGUUAUCAAUGUUGUAUAUUUAACUAGAAAAAAAUAAAAGCACAGUAUUAUUUUUUUUCUCAGGUCUCUUGGUUUCUUGAAUCAAAAGUCUAAGCACAAAAUGAGAUGGAAGAAUAGGUCUUUUUUUUUUUUUUUUAAGUUUAGAUCUCCCCAGAUUUCUCUCUACAUUUACACCCCACAACUCUAUGAUUUCUUGUUACAUAUUCUCCAACUUGAGCCAUGAAAUGUGUCUUCUGUUACCUUAACUCUCUUACUCUCAAUCACUACUGCAACCUGGGUCAGCAUUUUUAAUUACCCAGCAGGAAGGGACCGUUUGAAGAAUUCCAAGUCAAAUACUCAUUACGUUAUUUUACUUUAAUCCUCUUAAAAAUUUAGCAAUGUGAUAUCUGUAUCCCAUUUAUAUCUAUGCAUAUCAUAUUGCAUCUAUGCCAAUUUCAUGUUCAGUGAAGAAUAGAACUAAAAUUGGGUAUCAAUGAGUGGAAAUAUUAGCAGCCAUGGAAAAAUUUUAAUUUUGUCUAAAAGGACACAUUAUCUUUAAUAAAAUAAAAUUUUUCUUGUAAGAACAUUUUGCUCAGUUUUCCAUAUACAUGUUAUUUGGGAAAAAUAGUCUGAAGUGCAGACUUAUUUAGUCUGACUGUAUUACCUUUGAAGCUUUAUUACU